AUGGUCAAUUUCACCUGGGCGCUUACAAAAGACACCAACUUUAUCAGAAAUUAUGAAGAAGCAGCCAGAUGGUGUUCUCUGCAGAAUGGUCAUCUGCCAAGCUCUGAGGAGAUGCGAUAUUUCUACAAAACACUUCAGCCAAUCAGGCAAAUGCCACUGGUAGUCCGAAGGGGAGAUAGUCCGCAAGGAAAUCUGGAUGAGACCCGAGCAUCAACUGUGGACUCCGAAUGGCCCAGUUUAACAUUCUAUCUCUUAAAUGUAUUGGAAGCGACAAUGGAUUAUCCGAGUGCCGAAAGUGGCGAGCGAAUGUGCCUGGUCAUAAAAAAAGAGAACGGAAAGCCG